CUCUCUCUCUCAUAUCCCGCAGCGGUCCCCGGUUUGUGCUCGCUCUUUCUUUACUGUCCCAGAAUCACUGGAUCCAGCUGUCUGUUGCUAAUCCGCAGUAGUCCGGAGCCUGUCUGCGUCGAUACGCGCUCUUGCAGCGCGGUGGAUCUGGCAGGCUAGCGAGCGUGAUCGAAGGUUGAAACUGGGAAAUUACCAAUCGAAACAGAAACCUCGUUUUGCCUUCGAACCCGGACCGGACGGCAAAUCCACAAUAUACCAACGGAUAUCCCUUUCUGUGGUAUUCAUUUCUUCUUGGAAAAGAUUUCAGCAAAAACAGAAUUUGGAACUGUCUGUCUGUAUAAACUCGGAUGUUAGUUUUCAAGUUUUAUUUUAUUACAACAAUCUUGAGGAAAGAGGAAAAAACCACAUCACGAAGACAUUAAUACUGAAUUGGUAUAUAAAAGGCUCAAUACUUUCAGUUGUUUUUCAAGAACGCUAUUCAUUUGAAUGCGUCAUCGUUACUGAAAUUAAAUAUUAUCAAAUUUUUUAAUCAUUAAUGUAAAAGACACAAGAAACAUUUUAGAAAACAAAAUCUCGAAAGAAGAACGCUAAUUACUAAUCAAAGCCAUAUUUUUUGUAUAGAUGUAUUUCUUUUCUUUCCCCGCGUAACAGAGAUUGAAGUGUUAUAUUUUCAUCGUUUGCGUAAAGAAUAUUUUUUGGAGAAGAGUUCUCUGUUGGGAGGGGAGGAGACUAAAACGCCAUUCUUUUUACCACUGCGACCUGGAUUUUUAAAUGCGAGGGACGAGUCGUUAACUACAGCUGUCAUGUUACACUGAGCCCGAAGAUUCAUCAGCAGAAGACCCAGUGAGCAAGCGAGUUGCCUGUAUCCAGAGAAGUCCCGCCCCUUUGAGAAGAUGCCUACCUGUCACUGCUCGUGGCAACAGACGCUGUGGUAACAUGCUCUUCUUGGUUACACCUCUGUCUGGGGAAGCCUGGCUCAGCUGAUGUUUGUGUCUGUAUCCGUAAGGGAAAAAUUUCAACAAAUUCCCAGAAUUCCUUGCCAAGGGAGGGACUAGGCAUAAUUCCAGUCUCUGAAGUUUUGAACUUUUUGGGGGAGGAAGAGGUGGAGUAAGAAGAAAGAAAUUAAGUUUGUAUCAUCGUAAAAACAAAACUGUUUAUUUGAACAUUCUGAAUACUAUUAUAUCGUCCUUUUAAAAAACGGGUUUAAAAAAAAAAAAAAAAACAGAAGACAGUCCCAACAUUCAACCAAUAAAAAUGGCGAACAAUAUGGUGGCCCACCCCCCUGGGAACUCUGUUGCCGAGGGUAACCACGAAGGCGAGUUUGGUUGCUCGGUUGCUGACCUGCGUGGAUUGAUGGAACUGCGGACCGGCGAGGCAGUCGCCAAUAUCAAGGACAGAUUUGAUGACGUACAGGGCAUCUGCCGCAGGCUGAAGACCUCGCCCAUUGAAGGCCUCUCCGGUAACCCUGUGGACCUGGAGAAGAGGCACCUGGAGUUUGGCCAGAACUUCAUCCCUCCGAAGAAAGCCAAGACAUUCCUACAGUUAGUGUGGGAGGCACUGCAGGACGUCACCCUCAUCAUCCUGGAAGUGGCAGCCAUCAUCUCUCUGGGGCUGUCCUUCUACCACCCUCCAGGGGGGAACAGUGAGCAAUGUGGUCAGGUAAGCGGGGGAGUGGAGGACGAGGGCGAGGCCCAGGCUGGCUGGAUCGAGGGGGCCGCUAUUCUCUUCUCUGUCAUUAUCGUAGUCCUGGUAACGGCCUUUAACGACUGGAGCAAAGAGAAGCAGUUCAGGGGGCUGCAGAGCCGCAUCGAGCAGGAGCAGAAAUUCACCGUCAUCCGCAAGGGCCAGGUCAUCCAGAUUCCUGUGGCUGAGAUUGUGGUGGGGGACAUCGCCCAGAUCAAAUACGGUGAUCUAUUGCCAGCAGAUGGAGUUCUCAUUCAGUGCAACGACCUGAAGAUUGAUGAGAGCUCCCUGACCGGCGAGUCAGAUCACGUCAAGAAGUCAGUCGAAAAUGACCCCAUGCUGCUGUCUGGGACCCACGUGAUGGAGGGCUCCGGUCGCAUGGUGGUGACAGCAGUGGGCUUGAACUCUCAGACUGGCAUCAUCUUCACCCUGCUAGGGGCUGGAGGGGAUGAGGAGGAGAAGAAGUUGAAGAAAGGCAAAAAACAAGGACCUGCAGAAAAUCGCAACAAAGCAAAAGCCCAGGACGGAGUGGCCUUGGAGAUACAGCCUCUGAAAAGCGAGGAAGGAGUGGAGUGUGAGGAGAAGGAGGUGAAGAAAGUUAACGUCACCAAGAAGGAAAAAUCGGUGCUUCAGGGCAAGCUUACCAGACUAGCAGUACAGAUCGGCAAAGCAGGCCUGAUCAUGUCGGCUGUGACUGUGAUCAUCCUGAUCCUGUAUUUUGUCAUCGACACCUUUGGGGUUCGUGGAUAUGUGUGGACAAAGGAAUGCACCCCAAUCUACAUCCAGUUCUUCGUGAAGUUCUUCAUCAUCGGAGUCACCGUGCUUGUGGUGGCCGUUCCCGAGGGGCUACCCUUGGCUGUAACCAUCUCACUUGCAUACUCCGUCAAGAAAAUGAUGAAGGACAACAAUCUGGUGCGUCACCUGGACGCUUGUGAGACCAUGGGCAACGCCACGGCAAUCUGCUCCGACAAGACGGGCACGCUGACCAUGAACCGCAUGACGGUGGUGGAGGCCUACAUCGGGGACACCCACUUCCCGCAGGUGCCAGACCCGGAAGCACUGCAACCCGAAACUCUGGAGCUCUUGGUAAAUGGGAUCGCCGUCAACUCCGCCUACACUACAAAGAUACUGCCCCCUGAGAAGGAGGGUGGUUUGCCCCGUCAAGUGGGAAACAAGACAGAGUGCUCCCUGCUGGGGCUGGUCCUAGAUCUGAAGAAGGAUUACCAGGCAGUGAGAGACGAGGUUCCAGAGGAGAAGCUGCACAAGGUCUACACCUUCAACUCUUCACGCAAGAGCAUGAGCACCGUGCUGAAGAACCCCGUGGGAACAGGCUUCCGCAUGUACAGCAAGGGAGCCUCUGAGAUCAUACUGCGAAAGUGCACUCGGAUCCUGGAUGGGGCUGGUGAAUCUCGGAUCUUCAAGGUGAAGGAUCGGGAUGACAUGGUGUGCAAGGUUAUUGAGCCCAUGGCCUGCAAUGGCCUGCGCACCAUCUGCCUGGCCAUGCGGGACUUCGAGACGGAGCCCGACUGGGACAACGAGAAUGAAAUCCUGUCCAACCUGACCUGCAUCGCUGUGGUGGGCAUUGAGGACCCCGUCCGGCCGGAGGUACCAGAUGCCAUCACCAAGUGCCAGCGGGCUGGAAUCACAGUGCGCAUGGUGACGGGAGACAACAUCAACACGGCGCGGGCCAUCGCCACCAAGUGCGGCAUCCUGCUGCCUGGAGAGGACUUCCUGUGCCUAGAGGGCAAAGAGUUCAACACGUUGAUCCGCAAUGAGAAGGGCGAGGUUGAACAAGAACGUCUUGAUAAAGUCUGGCCUAAGCUGCGGGUCCUGGCCCGUUCGUCUCCAACGGACAAGCACACCCUCGUCAAAGGAAUCAUCGACAGCACGGUGGGAGAAACGCGACAGGUGGUGGCCGUGACGGGAGAUGGCACCAACGAUGGCCCCGCCCUCAAGAAGGCUGACGUCGGCUUUGCUAUGGGUAUCGCAGGGACGGACGUUGCAAAGGAAGCCUCUGACAUCAUCCUGACAGAUGAUAACUUCACCAGCAUCGUGAAGGCGGUGAUGUGGGGCCGCAACGUCUAUGACAGCAUCUCCAAAUUCCUGCAGUUCCAGCUCACCGUCAAUGUGGUGGCCGUCAUCGUGGCUUUCACCGGGGCCUGCAUCACACAGGACUCUCCUCUCAAAGCUGUCCAGAUGCUGUGGGUCAAUCUGAUUAUGGACACCUUGGCAUCCUUGGCCCUGGCCACAGAGCCCCCCACCGAGUCCCUGCUGCUGCGCAGACCGUACGGGAGGAACAAGCCACUUAUCUCCCGGACCAUGAUGAAGAACAUCCUGGGCCACGCGGUCUACCAGCUCACCAUCAUCUUCACACUGCUGUUCGCAGGAGAAAAGUUCUUUGACAUCGACAGCGGUCGGAACGCGCCCCUGCAUUCCCCGCCCUCGGAACACUACACCAUCGUCUUUAACACCUUCGUCAUGAUGCAGCUCUUCAACGAGAUCAACGCACGUAAGAUCCACGGGGAGAGGAAUGUCUUUGAGGGCAUCUACAAGAACCCCAUCUUUUGUGGAGUGGUGCUGGGCACCUUUGUCUGCCAGAUCAUCAUUGUGGAGUUGGGAGGGAAGCCCUUCUCCUGCUCUGGCCUCACCAUUGACCAGUGGCUGUGGUGUGUCUUCAUCGGGGUGGGAGAGCUGCUCUGGGGUCAGCUGAUCUCCGCGAUCCCGACAAACCGCCUGACGUUCCUGAAGGAGGCAGGCCACGGGACCACGAAGGAGGACAUCCACGAGGAGGAGUACACAGAGGGAACGGAUGAAAUCGACCAUGCAGAGAUGGAGAUGCGUCGAGGGCAGAUCCUUUGGUUCCGGGGGCUGAACCGCAUUCAGACACAGAUGGACGUUGUUUCUACAUUCCAGACGGGCUCAACGGCGGUGCCGGGGGCUCUGCGUCGGCAGCCCUCAGUGGUCAGCCAGAACCACGACGCAAAAACAGUUUCUAGCCCCACCCAUAUUAAAGUGGUGAAUGCAUUCCGUAGCUCCCUUUACGAGAAGCCAGAGUCGAAGAACUCCAUCCAUAACUUCAUGUCCCAUCCUGAAUUUGGUCCAUCUGCAGAGGACGAGCAUAGGAUCCCCACCAUACAGGAAAGCAGCAUUGAGAUUGAGGGGCUCUCAGAGUCUCCAAAAGCAAAAGGGAGUCCGAGGGCACACUCCCCCAAUCGCAACAAUAACGCGCUGGACAUCGUUGCGGCCCCUUCCCACGGCAACACAUCCUCGGGGAGCCCCCUGCACAGCCAUGAGACAUCCGUCUGAUGACCCUUGAACUCUGACCCUCAGAUCUCCUGUGCAAACACACUACUCCAGGGUGCAUGAUUUUGCCAUGUGCAUGCUUGACUGCGUCAUGCAAAAUCAGCUGUUGGGCAGGAGAGCUCAGGUCUACUCUGACUCCUUCAGUUACUAUGUGUCUGUCUCUCUUUCUCUCUCUCUCUCUCUCUCUCUCUCUCUCUCUCUCUCUCUCUCUGGUUUUGCUAUAUGUUUAUAAUUGUCAGUACUCUGUGGGUUCUAGUUUUAAAGUUAUAUCCAGUGAUCAAAAAAAAUACUUUUUAUAUUGUAUGUGAACUUCAAAUUCAAACAAGUGAAACCACAAAAAUCUGCAAAUAUUCAAGUUAGCCCCACCGUUUUGUUUCCCAGCUCACGCUAUGGUGAUCCUGCUGAAUUAUACAGUUUCCCAAAUACAAGCUGUGGUUUAAGGAAUGGAUUAGAUACUUUUAAGCUGUCUCCAGUGAGAUGGUACAAAGUAAAAUCCACCCUGGUCUUAUUUUUAUGUUUUGCAACACUGCCAAAACUAAAGAGCUUUCCUUUCUUUCUUUCUUUCUUUCUUUCUUUCUUUCUUUCUUUCUUUCUUUCUAUGUGUGUGCAUGUAUAGAUAGGUAGGUAAUUUACAGACACUUUAUUGAAUGAACUGUUCUGUACGCACAGUAAGAGUACUGUAUGCAGAAGGGAGUCAAUGAGUGCCUCCUGUCUGCAGCUAGGUGUCACUGCCCGGCAGUCUGACCAAUUGCGGAUUAGUAGUCUCUCCUCCAGUGCCAUCAGAAAAGUUUAACAAAACAUUAAGGAGAAAUGUAUUAUAUUUGCUAAUUAUUUUCUUUUAGAUAA